UUAUCCGAGCAAAUGAAAACGAAAAUAGGAAAAUUUUUCCAACAUACUACAAUAAAACAAUAAAUUAAUAUAAAUUUGUGCAAAAAAACAAAAAGUCUGUUGAAAAUUUUAUAAUUUAACCACUAUCAAAGAUGAGGAACAAAAAACAUAUAGAAAACUGUGCAAAUCAAAUGAAACGUGGUUAGGCGAAAAUUAAAAGUUUACAAAGAAGCAAAUUUUAUUAAUAAAAAAAGUGACAAGUGAAAUAUAUAUUGUGUGAAGUUAAAAAAAGAAAAAAAGAAAAUAUUAAUAAAUAUUUUUCCAAAAGAAAAUCGAUUUAGAAAAUCGUAAAAAUUAAGCUUUACGAUAAGUCAAAUAUAUAAAAGCAAAUUAACCAACCAACCAACCAAGUGCUGGCAUAGUUUUAAGCAAGAAUUAAAACAAAUCUUCAAACAAUCUUCAACUUUGACAUUGAUUUCCUGGAGAAAUUAAGAAUUUUUUUAUUUAAGUACAUCACUUUUUCAUAUUACACCAAAUAUUAAUACCACGACCUGUCUGCAAAAACGGACAACAAAGACUACUACAUAACUUUGUAUUUAUUUAAUAUAUUAUAACAAUCUAAUAGUUGCAAUUUUGCAACUAAACAAUUAAAGAAUCCAUCAGCUCAAUCACAUCUACAACAACUACAAUAAACGUAAACAAAAAUAAAGAAAACAACAUCCAAAACAACAGUUUCUACUACAACAACAAAAGCAUCAAUAUGAAAUAUACAACAAAUACAAUUGAAAACCAAACCAAUACUACAAAUGCCAAUAACAACAUUAAUAUAGUGACCUCAUCAUCAUCAGCAUCAUCUUCGUCAUCGUCUUCAGCAUCUUCCACAUCCUCAUGCCUGUCCACAGCAUCAACGACCAAUGGUGGUGGUGUCAAUAACAACAACAACAAUACCACAAAUACCACCGGGAAUGCAUUAUUCUGCGAACAGGUUAAUACGGUGACAAAUCUCUUUGAGAAAUGGAAUGACUGCGAACGUACCGUUGUUAUGUAUGCUCUGUUGAAACGUUUACGUUAUCCCAGCCUAAAAUUUCUACAAUAUUCCAUUGAUAACACUCUGACACAGAACAUGGGUUCAACAUCCAAUCUAAGUACAGUUGUUGUAGAUAUGAAUGCCAAUAAUCCAUCGUAUUUACAAAAUCUAUUGAAUGCCUACAAGACAUUUCAUUUGAGCGACUUGGUCGACACACUGUCCUCAUCGUCCUCUGACAAAGAUUCCAUGCCUUGCUAUGGAUCUGAUUUUCAAAUUACAAAUUGUGAUGAACGAAAGUUGUACGGUAAGAAGGAAGAUAUUUUACAUGAGGUAUUGAAUAUGUUACCUCUACUUAAGCCGGGCAAUGAUGAAGCGAAAAUGAUUUAUUUAUCAUUGAUACCAUUGGCCGUUAAGGAUACAAUUCGACAAAUUGUGCCCACUGAAUUGGUGCAACAGAUAUUUUCGUACAUGCUCAUACAUCCAGCCGUAUCAAGUGAUGAUCGUAGAAAUCUUAAUGUCUGGCUGCGACAUUUGGAGGAUCACCUACAAAACUUUAACAACUGUCCAUCGCUUAAUAUGGGUGGUAUGCCAACAGCACAUGCUAACUAUAUGCAAAAUCAAAAUAGUCUUGUUGGUGGCCUAUUGCUAGAUAAUCCAACAAUGACUACAUCGGGAUCAUCAGUGACAUCGUCAUCAUCGUCCGCAAUGUCAAUUUCAUCUACGGCAUCAAAUGUUUCUGUAGCCUCAUCAUCAUUUGGCAACUUGACACAGAAUUGUAAUGCAUCUACAAUUUCUAACAACUCAAUGAUGGGAUCACGCAAUAAUGAUUGGCAAACAAUACAGCCGCCGAGUAGACAACAACAACAGCAGCUGCAGUUGCAACAGCAACAACAAUUGGCAAAGUCGGCAUUAGGCUCGGAUUGGUCAUCGCUGGUGGUUAAACCAAACUCGGUGGCAAAUAAUACUUCAAGUGUCAAUGUUGUUAGCGGAAGCGGCUCCGGCCCGAGUGUUGGUUUGGUGGUUGGUUCAGCUAUAGCCGAUCAACUCUGUGAUAAUUUAAAUGGUAUUACACUGAAUGAUUUAGCCUCUAGUCAGAAUAGUUUAGGCAUCAACAUAGUUGGCACCACCAUAGUAGAAUCGCUUGCUACGGUCGACAAUGACAUUUCUUCUCUGGUUAAUGGUGUUGUGGCAGCGGCUGCCUCUGCUACAGCGGCUUCCGUUUCAUCGGUGGCUACGACACCAAAUAUCUUUGGACCACAAACAAAUCCCAUUAUUAACAUAAUUAAUAAUAACAACAAUUGUAGUGGUCAGCUGAAUGGUAUCGAUGAUCAUGACACUUCAUUCUCAAAGAAUGGCACAGAAAUCUUAGAUUUUGAUCCCAACACGAAUCCAAUGAACAAUUGCGAUAGUUGCAGCAACAGUAGUAGCAGCAAUGUUGGACAAAUGCAGCCUCACCAACAAAUGGGCUAUGCUUCUAUUUUAAUGAGUAACUGCGGUGACCACUUAGAUAUUAAUCGUUGGAGUUUGGAUAGUAAAUUUGCAGCUUUAAAAACCAGACGUUCCAAUAGUCUAACCACCCAAACAAUAUCCUCCUCGGCCUCAUCAUCCAAUUCAUCGGUGGUAACUGUCAACGAUAACUGCUCCAAUUCAACAGAGAAUUUGGCUCAAUUCGCCAAUAAACCACGUAGUUUUUCACUAUCGAUCGAACAUCAUCGCGGUUCGUUGACCAAUAGUGGUUCCGAUACACGUUUAGAUGAUUUUAAACCAAAUUACAUAAAAUUCCAAACACGUAAUGUUGGCAUGUCCAGCAUUGGUUUGUGGUUGAAAUCAUUGCGUCUUCAUAAAUACAUCGAACUCUUUAAGAAUAUGACUUACGAGGAUAUGUUGCAGAUCAGUGAGGAGUAUUUGCAAAGUUUAGGUGUUACCAAAGGUGCUUCCCAUAAGUUGGCAUUGUGCAUUGAAAAGCUAAAGGAACGUUCUCAACAUUUGGCUAAAAUGGAGCAGGAAUUAAGCAAUGGUCAGCUUAAGCUGCAGGCAGCUGUCGAAGAGUUGGCCAACGUUGUUUUGACUCCCAUGAAACCGAUUGAAUUGGUCAGUAGCAAUUGUGGCGAGGAUAAUGUUGCUUUAUUGUUUUUAAAAGUCGUCGAUUUGGUUUGCUCAAUUGCUCAAAAGGAUCCCUAUUCUGUGGUUGAUGAUGAUAAUAUUAGUGUAAUCUUGUGGAUUUUGGAUCGUUCCAUUCAUAAUGAGGCAUUUGUUAAUCAUGUCAAUCAAUUGAAAGAAUUAAAAUUCAAAUUAUCCAAAUUGAAAAUGUCAUUGACACCCAAAAUACAUCAUGCCAAAAAUGGUAGUAACGGCAAUUUAAAUAAGCCAAGUUUUCAAUUUUCCAGGUGGAAUGGCAAAUCACGCAAAUGUGAUCAAAAGAAUGGCAGUAAUGAUCGUAUAAAUCAUCGUAAGAAUUCAAAUGAUAUGUUGAAUUUUUCAUUAAGUUGUUUGCAACAGCAGCAUCAUCAUAAUCAGCAAAUGCAGCAGCAGCAGCAACAACAACAGCAGCAGCAACAGCAAAUUAAUGAGUAUGAUAAAUAUCACAAUAAUAAUAACAAUAGUAAUAACAAUAACAACAAUAAUAAUAAUAAUAACAACAACAAUAAUCAGUAUAAAAAUACGGCAUAUCAAAAUUAUCAACAACAACAGCAGCAAAUUAAGCAAAUGCAACAACAGCAACAGCAGCAGCAACAACAACAAUUACAACCACAAAUGCUGCAACAACAUACACAUUUCCCAGCUUUGCCACAACAGCAACAACAACAACAAAAUCAACCACAACAACAACAUAGACGUUCUCUAAACAAUUUGAUUGUGGUGUCUGGGGGGCCUCAACAGCCUCAAAAACUGAUGUUUAAACCGGGUCAAGGUAUUCUAUCAAACACAAACAUGACUAAUGAUGAUUUAACUAUAGAUAUGAUGAAGUCAAGCCAACAACAGCAAUCCCGUAAAGCCAGUUUAACUUCUUUAAAUAACAGCAACUGCAACAACAACAACAGCAGUAACAUCAAUAACAGUUUAAAUGCCAGCAAUUUGGAAACUUUGCAACAGCAGCAACAACAACAGUCUCCUGCUGCAGCUUCCUCAAUGCCAAAGAAAACAAUGGCUGCUGUCGUAAUGGAAAAUUUGGCUAAAUUUGAUCAACAUUUUACAUUAUUUUAACAAAUCACAAAAAUCAAUCACUGCUCAUUAACAAAAAAAUUAUCAUUAAAUUUAAUAUUAUAGUAGAAAAUGUUGGAUAUAUGAUGAUGGGAUGAUGGAUUGAUCUAAAAAAUUAAAUAAUUAAACAAAAAAAACAAAAAUAUUCAAAAUGAAUUGGACAUAUUUUUUUUGUUAAUACAACAAUUUGUAUUUUGAUAAAAAAAGAGACUGACUUAAAUUACUUUCCGCUGAAGAAAAAAAAAGAAAAACUUAAAAACCUCUAAAACUACAACAUCGUUAUUAAAGGAAAGAAAUCUUAAAAAAGAGAGAGAAAACAAGAAAACCUUUUUAAUUUACUGGCAAAAUUAAAAAAAGGAAAUGAGAAACAAAGAAUUGAUUUCAAAUCAAAAACAAAAAAAAAAAAAAAACUAAUUAAAUAAUUAAUAAAAAUAAGAAUAUAAUUGCUGAAGUGAAACUUUAAAAGUAGGAAAAAAAAUCAAGUUUUUUUCUUUAAAACAAAAACUUUACACAUAUUUUUCUCCUUACAAAAACCAACAUAAACUUUUUUCAUUAACGGAAUGUAAUUGCUGAAUUAAUUAAAUUAAUAUUUAGAAAAACAAAACAAAAAAAAACAAUACAUUUUACAUUAACAAUACUUUUGAUUACAAAAUUAAGCUAAUUAUUUUUUUAAACAUAAAAAACAAAUAUUCCGGGAAAAUUUUUAGAUCUAGUACCAAAAUCACUAGUUCUAGAAUGACUGUGCAACCACAACCAAUUUAGAUUAUUAGACAACAUCCACAAAACUAGUGAUAAAGCAACUACUACUACAUAGAACCCGUUCUGAAGAACAAUAUUGUGAUUCUUCAGGACUUCUAAAGAGGUUAAUAGGAACAUGAUAUUUAAAACUAAUUAAACAUUGGUUCUAGAUUAGUUCACAAUGAUUACUGGUGGCUAUAUGUAUGCGUUCUAGAACUAGUUAUGGAACUAGUGCAAUUUUUUUUCCUGGGAUAUAUUAAUUUAUAUAGAAAAUUAUUAUAAAAAUUUAUUAAGGCCGGAAAACAACUGAUCUUCAUUUAAACUUGGUUUAAGUUAACCAACCAUUAGCCUAACUCUGUGUGUGCUUGGUCAUAAUGAAAACAAAGUUUUUGGUUUAUGUUGUUUGGUUAGCUUUAAGCUUAGUUUAAAUCUGAGUUAAAUAAACCUGCUUAACUCUUAUAUAUACAUACAUAAUUAUAUAUAUAAAUAAAUAUAUGCAUAAUAUACCUAAAUACAUAAUAAUUAUGAAUUAUAAUUGAUUAAUUGACAAACAAACAAACAAAAAUUAAGGUUAAAACCUAAAAAAAAACAUAAAUACGUAUAACACAAAAACAAAAAACAAAUUAUAACGUAUUUUUAAUUUAUAUAUAAAAAAACAACAUAAUUUUAUAUAAACAUUUGUAAUUUAUUUAAUAUUUUGUGUUUAUUAUAUGUAUAAUGGGCAGCCUGUUUCUUUAUUUUUUAAAAUUUAUUUUUAAUUAUCUAUUAUUUAUAUGUAUGUGUAUACCUAUCUACCUACCUACCCAUAUAAAUAUUAAAUGUCUAUUGUCUAUGUAUUGUAAUAUGUAAUAUUUUGUAAAUUUUUUUUUAUUAAAAAAUAAUCGUUUCUAUUUUAAAGAUUUCCUAUACAAUUUUGUUUAAUAUUUGACAAAGAAAGAAAGAAAAAUAAUGUAUAAUGUCUAUUCUAAUGUUUUAAAAAGAUUUUUUUUUUAUUUAUUUUAAUAUUGCAAUUUUUUAUGGAAUAAUUAGGCCAUGUUUUGAAAACUAGUUAUUAUGAUAUUUUUAUUGUUUUAUAAUAUUUUAUUUUAUAUAAAAAGAAAUUAGUUAUAUAAGCUAAUAAAUUCUACUCGUUUAUAUGCUA